AUGGCUUCACAAAAAGACGCUCAAGCCAGCCAGUCGACUCUGCCAAUUUCUCCGUCUGUGAUCGUGGGGAUUGUAAUCUUGUGUGCUUUCUGUGCCAUGGUCCUCAUCGCAAGCGUCUUUGGAUAUUGUCGAAACAAUCGUUCGUCAACAACGACCGAUCUCGAGUUUGAAGAGAGCCUGAAUGGGAUCAAUCGAAAUCGUCCUCUGACCGCAAGCCAAGCCGCACGCAUGAAAGAAGUGAGAUGGAUCAACAACAUGUACGCGUGGGAGCGAGCCAGACACGCCAGAAAGGAAGUCGGCGGCGAAACGAGAUCUGCAGCAGUCCUCGUCGGACGGGUUGGCGAGGAGCGUCAUUGGGAUGAAUGGAGCAGCAUCGGCACCGGAGAUAAAGACUCGAGCUCUGGAGGAAAGACCUUCAAGAACUCAGUUGAUGACUACACCCGUGCGCCGCUGCUCUACGGCGGUGACGACCCGUACGCACGAUCGAGUCACCACCGGUCCAGCCAUCAUCUCAUGCCAUCGUCGGCGCGAUGCUCCUACAUGUCCGGGUCCCAGUAUUCCGGUUUGCCACAGUAUCCUUCCAUGUUGCUUCCGCAGCCCAUCCAGCGUGACAUGAUCCAAAGUCCUUUCAGGCGCAGGUAUCCACCGAGAGAGAUCGCCGAGCCGAUCGAACAACCAGCCAUGCAGAACCAGGCGACCAACCCGAAAGUCACCAUCAACAACGGCGUCGAGGAUCUUGCACGUUGCAGCGGUACCACGUAUGAUACAAACACCGAAGGCUUCGCGAUGCACAACAAGGCUACAGAAAGACCGGGCCCCAUGUUGGGUUCCACUCCCGAAGACGACCAGGUCCGCAUCAACGACUCGUUUUCAGCAUUGCCACUGAGUCCUCACACCCCGAACCCGCCGGUCGUUCGAGAUGAGAAUGACCAAGCGGUGGUGGUCCAGCAAGAACUUCGCCCUGCUCAAUCUACUCGGGCUGGACCGGGCCAGAGCGAGAGUAGACCUUUUCAAGAAGGCGUCAGGGCCAUGAUCGAAGAAUGGGAGGAAACCAACGGACGAUUCGGUAGACACAGCGGAGCUUGA